AUGGCGAUAUAUUCCUUUUGGAUCUUUGACAAGCAUUGUAAUUGUAUAUUCGACCGCGAGUGGACAUUGAAGUCGAACCAUGCGAGUGGAACAAUUAACUCUAAGCUCAAUGAAGACACUGCGAAGCUCUUAUAUGGCAUGGUCUUCUCCCUCCGAUCAAUUUCACAAAAAUUAGCAGGGCAGGGGCCACACAACGAAAUCAGGACAAUAGCCACAGGUAAGUAUAGAGCUCAUGUCCUGUGCACAGCUUCGGGCCUUUGGUUCAUUUUGCUCAGUGAUUUGAAGCGAGAGAAUCUUUCUGAAGUACUUCGAUACUUGUAUGGCGAAAUAUACAUCAAAACGGUGGUGCACAACUGGCUAUCGCCCAUUGACUUCGCAGAAUCGGAGGCCGAGAAGAGGGGUCGGGGUACCCGAAAGAUACGCAACCGUAACUUCCUCCAACGAGUUGAAGAAUUUUUGGGCCCCAUGAUCAACUGA